AUGGACACGCUGCGAAGGAGCCUUUCUCGCUGGAAGAGGUACCACAUUAAGGUGCACCUGGCUGACGAGGACCUGAUGAUGCCCCUGACGGUCAAGCCCAGAGACACAGUGAUGGACCUACGGGCUCACUUAGUACGGGAGGGCGUCACUUCCUGGAAGAAGACAUUUUAUUACAACUCCAGGCAGCUCGAGGAGCAUGAGACUCUCAAAGAAGCCAAUAUCCAGAAUGGCUCUGUCCUGCUUCUUGUCAGCAAUAAAAGAUAAUGCCAAGAAGCACAGCCAGAGCCAUGAGAGAGUGUGACAAGGGCUGAAGGGAAGUAGAUGGAAGAGAGCUUGGCCAUGGAAAGGCAGCCCGGCCGCCAGUGUCUGUCCCCCUGCUCCAAUAACUUCUGAACCAGCAGACCUGAUUCAACCCAGUUUGAUGGAAAGAGUGAGGUGUCACAGACCCAAGAUUCCUGCAAUUUUCAUGAAAAAAACAGCAGCUGGAUAGAAGAGAGACAUUUAAGUUAAUAUCCUACUGAAGGAAAGAGCAGGAAGAGCUGGUUUGGUUGCUGUCCUUCAAAUGAUGGAUCUUAUCACAUGGGAAACAGAAGGAAAAAAUAGCAAGCCACCUGGAAACAGCUACAGGUGCAGACAAGACCAAGGACCAAAGCUGAAAGGCGUACAAGCUCCUGUCUGUGCACCAGCCUGGGCAUGUUGCAAGAUGGAGACGUUUGCAACUUCGCGUGCUGCACCAGGGUUGGCAUUUCUUCUUGUCAGGAGUGUUUAUCUUUGAAAUCCUGCUACUGACGGGGCAACACACACAGGAUUACCACCAUUGUUCGUUGUUGCAUUCACCUCCACCUUGGAGCUGCAGCCAGGCCUUCCCAGCCAGCUCCUUUUCCCAAGCUUCAUGAGCAGAAGACAAGCCCAGGCAAGCCAUCUCCACCAGCUGCUGUGCUUCAGCAAGGCAGCUCAGGCUGAGGCACAUUUCAGCAGCUCUUCUGUGCUUCUCCUGUACUCGAGUUGUGGAUGCAUCAAGUGCUUCAGUUUACAGGGCCAUCAGCCUGGCAGCUUUCCUCAGCACUAAAUUUACUUUUUAAAGUUACAUCAAUGUUGUACCCAGAGGAAAUGGAGGAACAGAUGCAGCCUGUGAAGUCUGGCUUUAAUUCACCUGCCUCAUUUAAUUUCCUGCCCUGCCUUCUAAUCAAUGAGUCUGCACUAGUGGCCCUGGGAAUACAGAGAUCUUUUCAUAUACAGGAGAAUUCAACGCCGUGGCUGUGCUGGCUGUGCUCUUGGGGUCUCAAGCAAGCUGUGUCACAUCUCCUGUGAGGCUGCUUCAUUAUGGAUUUCCCUUCCCCAGAAGCACUUGCACACACUCUCCAAUCCGUGGCAGCUGCACCACAUUUCCUUGCAGGGGCUCCGUGCCACGUUAGCCUCUCUUAGUCAGGCUGGCUGUGCUGUGUUCCCUCCUGGAAGUGCUCUCCUUCCAGGUGUUCCUGGUUUUCAGCCACAUGGUUUUCUUUUCAGGGCCACAUGCUGCUUUCUAGGGCUCUGUCCCCAUGGUGGCUCUGCUGUGCUACCUCAGACAGGCUGCUGAGGCCAAAUGUGCCUUGUUACUUCCUGGGGCUCCCAACAACAUCGUGGGACCAGUGGUGCUUCACAGUGGCUCCUUUCUUGAGGCAGCUGUGCCGAUGCUCCCUCGCAUCGUGCCAUACUGACCCCGUGGAGUGUCACUUCCCAGGUGUCCCUUCAUCGAGGACAGCAGCACCAUGACUAAAGCACAAAGGUGCUUUCAGGACUACAUUGCCUCAGACUCAGGGCUAUCAGGAAGCCCUGAUAAAUGGCACUUUUACUUUGGUUAAGCUGACUGUCACCGUCCUGAGUUUUUUUGAGCUCACAUUAAUUCCAGGCAGUGCUGCCUGUUGCUUAAUCAGCUGGUGUCAAAACCCUGGGAGACAGGAAGGCUGUCUUUGGCUGGUAGCACCUAUUUGGUGACGUUGCUGCUUUACCUCACAUAUUAUAAUCUGUAUCAGAUUGCUCUUUGUCUGCUAAAAUGGACAAUUAGGAUCCAGUUGUAAUGCAAAUUGCAUGGUGGAAUAAAAACCGUGGGGAACAAAAUCACAAGUAAGUAUUUAUGUCAGCCUUUGUUAUUGUGUGAUGGGUCCUGCUCAGUUAAGGCUUGCUGUGAAGCAUCAGACAGAAGAGAACCUGGUGCGCCUUUGUAUUUUAUAGGCACGAGCUGCCGAGCUGCUCUGUGUAAGACUGCCUUUAGGCACUCGCAGGCCCCAAUAAUAUGUAUGUGUGCAAACCUAACAGACAGAUUGCCGCCUACACUGGAAAUUUGAUGAUUGCCUUGUUUUUUCAAGGCUCUGUUUUAUAUACUGCAGGCCAAACCCAUGGGUAAUUUCCAGUCUCUCUGCACAGGGCUGAGAUGACGUGGUGAGAGAAGCAUAGACAUGCUGAAAUUUCAAUCUGCCACAUAAUGUGCUCCUAACACUGAUAGCCUUGUAAGUGUGGUGUUGUCAUUGGUGUCGUUGCUGUUCUUGUAAUUGUAGUCUUCCCAUGUUUGGUGCUAAAUGUUGUA